UAUUGGCAAGGCUGCACAUUUGAGAAGAGGAUGGAGAAGUUGAAAAAUCUGGAAAUGGAGGGAGGAGAUAAGAAGGAGAAGGAGAGGGUGAUGAUAGCAAUCGAUGAAAGUGAAUUCAGCCGUUAUGCAAUUGAAUGGACUCUUCAACACUUCCACGCUUCCUUGCUCAAUUCACAACUUGUGCUCUUCACCGUUCAGUCAAUCGUUGACUAUGGCUAUAUCUAUGCUUCUUCCCUUGGCUUCACAUCUCCUGAACUGGUAAGAUCCAUCCAAGAAAAUCAAAAGAAAGUUACCACUGCUCUUUUGGAUAAAGCUACUGAUAUCUGCAAAAAAUAUGGGAUAACAGCAGAGACAGUCAUGGAGGCAGGAGAUCCUAAGGAGGUCAUAUGUGAAGCAGUAGAAAAAAUGAAUAUCCAAUUGCUUGUGCUGGGAAGUCACAGUAGAGGGGCUCUGCAAAGGGCCUUCCUCGGAAGCGUGAGCACGUACUGUGUCCACAACGCCAACUGCCAGGUUCUUGUUGUCAAGAAGAAGCCUUGAGAUAAUAGCAUUUAUCCAUUUCUUUUGCACUGCGGGGAAAUCAUGUACAUACAUCAGCUGGAAUAAGUAAUAAUGGGUCGUUGCAAUCCAGUGGUUUGAUAUACUUUCAAAUGAAGAUGGUUGUAAUGUAUGGAUGUGUGUCAUGUUUUGAUUUAUAUUUUGACUUGAGAAAUCUCUUGUGGUUCAUAAUUAUUUGGAGUCACAAAUGUUUUAUGGUUCUUCAAAUCUUCAUGGUGCACCUUUUCCGCAGGCCAUGUAUUAUCAUCAUUGUUCUUUUGUUCUAGUGUUCUACUAUACAUUGGGCUAAAC